AUGGUCGAUACGCAUAAACUAGCAGACGACGUUCUUCAGCUAUUGGAUAACCGUAUCGAAGAUAAUUAUAGGGUUUGUGUUAUCCUAGUCGGUUCUCCAGGCUCCGGUAAGUCUACUAUUGCGGAAGAACUUUGUCAAAUUAUAAAUGAAAAAUAUCACACAUUUUUGUCAGAGCAUCCAAAUGUUAUUGAGGUUAAUGAUAGGUUGAAACCUAUGGUUAACCUAGUAGACUCUUUAAAGACGCUCCAGCCCAAUAAAGUAGCUGAAAUGAUUGAAAAUCAGGGGCUGUUUAAAGAUCAUGUUGAGGAUGUUAAUUUUCAACCAGUCAAGUACUCAGCCCUUACAUCAAAUAAUGAAGAAUGUACCGCAGUAGUUGCCAGAGGUGGUACUGCGAAUGCCAUAAGAAUCGCAGCAGUUGAUAAUCCAGUCAAUGUUAACAAGUUGGCCCAGGAUAGUAUCAAUAUAGCGCAAAUAGUCCCAAUGGAUGGUUUUCACUUAUCUCGCAGAUGUCUAGACCUAUUCAAAGACCCACAAACUGCCCAUAAAAGAAGAGGUUCGCCCUCAACGUUUGACAGUAACAAUUUCUUACAAUUGUGUAAAAUUCUAGCCAAGACGUCCCUAUGUAAGGUCUCCUCACAUCAUAAAUUUUACUCCACUUCAAGCGUUUUUGAGAAGUUAUCCAAAACUUUUAGCCAAACAAUUCCUGAUAUCUUUGUUCCAGGAUUUAACCAUGCACUAAAAGACCCAACUCCAGAUCAGUACUGUAUUUCCAAAUUUACAAGGAUAGUUAUACUUGAAGGGUUAUACCUACUGUAUGACCAAGAAAACUGGAAGAAAAUUUACAAAACAUUAGCUGAUACGGGAGCACUUCUUGUUUAUAAGAUUGACAUAGACUAUGAGGCCACCGAAGAAAGGGUGGCCAAAAGGCAUUUGCAAUCAGGGUUAGUCACGACUAUUGCAGAAGGACGAGAGAAGUUUCGCAGCAAUGAUUUGUUGAAUGGCAGGGAUAUAGAUAAUCAUUUAAUUAAGGUAGAUAAUAUCGUCCAUAUCCGCAACGACUAG